AUGGCUGCCGUCAAGCUCAACAGCACCAACUUGGAGAAGAUUUCGGCGACAGGCAAGGCGCAGGUCCCAACCUACCGCCGUGAUGCCGCCGUCAAGGAGGGAAUCGUCCAUAUUGGUGUGGGCGGCUUCCACCGAGCUCAUUUGGCCGUUUACAUCAACCACCUGAUGCAAAAGCAUGGAGUGUCUGACUACGCCAUCUGUGGCGUUGGGCUGCAGCCCUUUGAUGUCAAAAUGCGCGAUGCAUUGAGAUUGCAGGACCAUUUGUAUACUGUUGUCGAACGCUCGGCGAAAGGAAAUUCUGCCCAUGUAAUUGGCAGCAUCAAUUCUUACCUCUUCGCGCCUGAUGAUCGCGAAGCUCUCGUUGCCAAGAUGGCCGAUCCCGACACGCAUAUUGUGUCACUCACCAUCACUGAAUCUGGCUACUACUACAACGAGAACACACAUGAACUGCAGGUUGAUCACCCUGAUAUUCAGUCUGACCUUAACCCAGCCAACAAGAACACACCGCGAACUACUUUCGGCUUUCUUUACGCCGCUCUAGAGCGACGCUACCAGCAAGGACUUAAGCCCUUCACUGUUAUGUCAUGCGAUAAUAUGCAAAAGAAUGGCUCUAUCACACGGCAUAUGCUCGAAUCCUUUGCACGUCUACGGAACCCUGAGGUUGCAAAGUGGAUUUCCGAGUGUGGAGCUUUCCCUAACUCCAUGGUUGAUCGCAUUACCCCGCAAACGUCUGCGAUUGACAAAAAAAAACUAGUGGAUGAAUUCGGCAUUGAGGAUGCAUGGCCUGUUGUUACGGAGCCUUUUAUGCAAUGGGUUAUUGAGGACCAAUUUUCCGAUGGACGCCCAGCUUUCGAAAAAGUCGGUGUGCAGGUCGUUAGGAAUGUCCAUGAUGUUGAGUUAUUCGAGAAACAUAAGUUACGGCUGCUUAAUGCUAGCCACUCUGCUAUAGGCUAUCCAGGCCAGUUGGCAGGUUUUAAGUAUGUCCACGAUGCCAUACAGAAUCCACUGUUCUAUGGUCUGGUAUGGCAGAUGAUGCAGCAGGAAGUGAAACCACUUUUGCCCGAUAUCCCCGGGGUAAAUGUUGAUGAGUAUUGCAUUACACUUAUGGAGCGUUUUUCCAACCCAACAAUUAUGGACCAGUUGCCUCGAAUCUGUCUCAAUGGCUCUGGUAAGAUUCCACAAUUUAUCAUGCCGUCCAUUGCCGAAGCAAUUUGGAUUACUGGUCCUUUCCGCCGCCUCUGUUUCGUCACAGCUGCUUGGUUUUGUUAUAUUAACGGCGUUGACAAUAACGGCGAACCUUUCGAGGUUGAUGAUCCAAUGCGUGGAGAACUCCAGAAAAUGGCUCGCGAAGGAGGCAAUAACCCAUCCAAGCUGCUUAGUAUCAAGACUCUAUUCGGUGAUGAUCUACGCAAUAGUCAGAGAUUUAUCGAAGAGGUUUCUACGGCCAUGGAAGCUAUCAAUCGGGAUGGUAUCAUGAAGACGCUUCCUCAGUACAUUGAUCAAUAA